AUGUCGACCCUUCCAAAUGAAGGUCCGUCACAGGCGGCGGCUCCUCCGACUUCGAUGCUACGUUCGUCAAUUCCUGACGCUUAUACACUUCAUUCAAGUGAUCACCCAGGGCUCAUACUGGUGUCUCAACCACUUCAAGAAGAUAACUAUGCUUCUUGGUGUCGAUCGAUGCGUCUCGCACUCAGUGGAAAGCGCAAAAUCGGGUUCAUUGAUGGCUCCCUCCCAAAACCAGACCCUGCUCUUGAUCCAGUGCUUGCAGAAACAUGGCAAUGCACCAAUGAUAUAGUCACUACUUGGUUGCUAAAUUCGAUUUCAAAAGAUAUCGCAACAAGCGUGAUUUACGCUGGCUCAGCUGCACUUUUAUGGCAAGAUCUGGAAGCUAGGUUCUCCCAAAGCAACGCGCCUCAAAUUUUUGAGUUAAAGAAAUCACUGAUGACACUAACUCAAGGAUCUCUCACUGUUUCACAGUACUUCACAAAAUUGAAGAUUCUUUGGGAAGAACUCAACACCUUUAAGCCUCUUGUUGCUUGUUCUUGCAGUGGAGUGAAGGUCAUCCAAGCAUAUCUAGAUCAAGAGUACGUCAUGCUAUUCCUCAUGGGAUUGAAUGAAAAUUUGGCAAAUGUGAGGAGCUAA